ACAGUAACCAACAUCCUCAUGACGACCCAAUUAUUGUUGUCAGUUCACUGCUAAUGGUUGGUUAAAACAAAUAUGGGCUAUUUUCUUGCCCUUCCAUUGUUUUUAUUUUUGUUUUGUUUUUUUUAAUGACAAAAGUAAUGAUAUUGUGUGCAAUUUAGAAAUGCACAAGAUACAAAUCCAUGUAUUCUAUCAAUUAUUUGCCAAAUAAUUACUCCAGCUCCUGGCAUGAAGCAAGUACUGGGCAAACCUGGACCCUGUGGCCGGUACGAAAACUAUCAGAGAUCAGAUGGCUUUCCAGUAGAGGCUGAGGUUCGCGCUCUGGCCAAAGAACGACAGAAAAAGGACAAUCACAACUUGAUCGAGCGAAGGCGCCGAUUCAAUAUCAACGAUCGUAUCAAAGAACUUGGAACCCUAAUACCAAAGUCAAAUGAUCCGGACAUGCGCUGGAAUAAGGGCACCAUUCUGAAAGCUUCAGUGGACUAUAUCAGGAAACUCCAAAGGGAGCAGCAGAGGACCAAAGAGCUUGAGUGCAGACAGCGCAAGCUGGAGCAUACGAAUCGUCACCUGAUGCUUCGUAUCCAGGUGGGUUGGUUGCCACGUGCAACUUGCUGCGAAAAACUAUUUGCCCUCCUCUCAAACUCGCUUCUUUGCCCACUUGAACGUUUCACAAUGUCAAACAAAUGCCAAUUCAAAUCAAUAUAAAAUGAAAGUUUUAAAUGGAGAAAAUUCGUUUAUGAAGAGGGGAAAAAAACCUAAUCAAAGCUGGAAUUGUGUGAAAAAGUACAAAGCA